AUGAAGAUGAUAGCUAUAGCCAUCCUGCUGCUGAUGGUGGGUGUGCUGAGAAUGGUGGCUGGACAGGCUCCAGGAGAUGAACAAGAACUGUGUUCAGUAUCUCUACCUGCCCUUGGAGUGAACAUUGUGGAGGACCCUCCUAAUGGAAGGAUUCUAAUGGACUCCAGUCACUACAACCGAUUGCUCCCACCAAACUCUAAUCCAGUGUGGCAGGCAGUGGACCUUGAUGGUAACAAUCCCAUUGGGACCCAAUCAUCAUGGGUAGAACAAGGAUCUAACUGUAUGUCUGUCGUCACUGUUUGUGGUUGGUCAGGUGGAGAUCAGAACAACUGGCUUUUCACUCAGCACAUUAAUAGAACAGUAGAUGAAUAUUUCCUACAGCAAGUCUCUGUACAGAUUGAAUACCAGCAGAGCAUUUGCCCUGAUGAAAGCAGUACAAGAUGCAGGAGAACGUUUGACAUACUGAAGUACGAGACCUCUGUAAUAAAUCCUGUAGUUGCCAGGGAAACUGAUAAUUAUGCACUUAUACGAACCUUGACAACUCAGGUCUUUGGAACUACCACAAAAAAUACUGAAAACUUUGGAUUCAACACCGAUGAGUCUGGAUUCUACCUCGCUAUUAGAGAUCCUGGCACUUGUAUUGCCAUCUCUCGACUGAUUGUCUUCUAUAAUGUCUGUCCUGGUGAAACAGUCAACUUGGUGGUGCGUCCUGAGACAAUAGCUCCAACAGUGGGGUCUGGCAUACAGCUCAACGUUAAUGCAUCCUGUGUCCAGAACUCCAGCACAGUAGUGUCACUCAUUUGUUUGGAGAGUGGUAACUGGGUUGCUGCAGCCUCCAGUAGGUGUGAGUGCAACACUGGGUUUGUUCCCACCAUGAACGGAGGAACUUGUUUGUCCUGUGACCCUGGGUUCUAUGCCAGUGUGGCUAAUGGGGAGUGCCUAACAUGCCCUAGCAACAGCAACAGUACAGCCUCAGGCCUAGCAGAGUGUCCAUGUGAUGAUGGCUACUACAGAAAACCACAAGAGGUGGACCUUCCCUGCACCCUUCCCCCGUCCCCUCCACUCAAUGUAAGAGUGGUGAGUACAUCCAGUACCACACUAACACUAGCCUGGGAGGAGCCAGUAUCCACUGGAGGUAGGGGGAGAGAUGAGCUACGAUACAACCUCUGGAUCAGGGCGGCUGAGGAGAAUGAUAUCAGACUAUCUAAUACUGUCACCUCCACCAUAGGAGUGAUUGGAGGUCUAUUCCCAGACAUUGAGUACACAGUGUUUGUGACAUCAGAGACAGAUAUAACGGAUCAGAUCCCUGUGGAAGAGGUGUUAAUUCUGGCCAGAGGAGAUGCACUUGUUCAAGCUACCAGACAGACUGCAACUACAACUACUGUAUUAACUACAACUACUGUAUUAACUGCCCCAGCAAACUCUAAACUAGUAGUGGGGCUAACUGUGUCUGUUGUGGCUGUAGUGAAUGCUGCAAUCGCUGUUAUAAGUGUUGUCAUCUGCAUUGCUUAUUUGUACCACAAGAAGCGAGUGUGGAAACUAGAGAUUGAGCUACGGAAAAUGCAGGUGGUGCAUCUAUCACAUGAAGGAUCCCCAUCACAUGAAGAACUCAACCCUGCCACUCAGCCGAAUCUAUCAUAUGAAGGAACCAACCCUGCCACUCAGCCGAAUGCCGGAUCGCAUUAAUUGUGGGAACUGUUCCAGACAAUAUGCAUGAAACUGUCAUAGACUACGAAGUUGUUGUUUAAUUCAUGUUAAACUGUACAACAAAUAAUAUGAUGUGCUUCGAAG